AUGGCCCUUGUCCAAAGCCAAAACCCAAACCAAGGCCAUAAUACUAGGAGUAUUCAACAAACUCCAGUGACUGUGGUCACGGUUCCGCUUCCAGCACAAGGCCAUCUCAAUCCACUCCUCCAUCUCUCCUGCCUCAUUUCCUCCCAUAACAUACCCGUUUACUACAUUGGCCUGGCCACCCAUAUCCGCCAGGCAAAGGUUCGCGUCCAAGGUUGGGAUCCUCUUGUCAUUUCUAACAUCAAUUUUCACGAAUUUUCUAUCCCUUGUUACGAAACUCCUCCGCCCAAUCCAAACGCCCGGACAAAAUUCCCCGUUCAACUCGUGCCAUUGUUUAAUGCAUCGAUCAAACUUCGCGAGCCAGUUUACGCACUUUUGGAGCAACUUUCAAGAGCAACAAAAAGAUUGGUAGUUAUUUAUGACUCUGCCAUGUCAUAUGUCAUCCAGGAUGCGCAUUUGAUUCCAAAUGUGGAGUCAUACAGCUUUAGUAUCUUCUCGGCCUUCUAUGGCUACGCAUUCAUUUGGGAACUAGAAGGGAAACCUACACUCGCCGAGCCUGAACUACUCGAACUACUCAAAGUUCUUCCAUCCAACGAAGGUUGCACGCCUCCAGAGAUGAUGGAAUUUAUAAAAUUGCAACUGGAUUCCAAACCAAUUAUCUCUGGAUACCUGCUGAAUACGUGCAGAGAGAUAGAGGGUCCCUACCUUGAUCUCUUAACAAAAACCAGUAUAAUUGAUAAUGACAAGCAAUGGGCUGUUGGUCCCCUCAAUCCAGUUGUAAUAAUAGAUGGGCUGAAAAACUCCAACAAGAGACACUAUUGCUUGGAGUGGCUUGACAAGCAAGCCCAGGACUCUAUUAUUUUUGUCUCUUUUGGUUCAACAACUUCAUUAUCAGAUGAAGAAGCCGUGGAGAUCGCUAUUGGAUUGGAGAAAAGCGGGCAGAAGUUCAUAUGGGUACUCAGGGAUGCAGAUAAAGGAGAUAUUUUUGAAGGGGAGGUUAGAAGGGCUAAGUUGCUUGAAGGCUUUGAAGAGAGCAUUGAAGGGAGAGGUAUAGUUGUGAGGGAGUGGGCACCGCAGUUGGAGGUUCUUGCACAUUCAUCAACUGGUGGUUUCAUGAGUCAUUGCGGCUGGAACUCGUGCAUGGAAAGCAUUAGCAUGGGAGUGCCAGAGGCAGCAUGGCCUAUGCAUACUGACCAGCCGUGGAACGCUGUCCUGAUGGAAAAGCUGCUGAAGAUUGGCCUACCAGUAAGGGACUGGUCGCGGCGAGAUGAACCUGUGACUUCUGUUACUAUUGAAAAUGCUGUGAGAAGAUUGAUGAAUUCUGCAGAAGGAGAGGAGAUGAGGCAAAGGGCUAAAGAAUUGAGCAAAACUAUUAAGGGGUCUGUUACGGAAGGUGGUGUUAGUCGCUUGGAGAUGGAUUCUUUCAUUGCUCAUAUUCGUAGAUAG